AUGUCUUCCAACGGUGAUGGAUCCAAAUAUGUUUCUCCAAAUAAAUCUCGUCAUCAAGUCACACGGUCGGUAUCUGAGGUAUCAUCUCCUCCCCUGAAACCUCACCGAUCUCACCACCACCACCAGCAUCAUCACCAUCCACAUAUACAUCGUCGAGACAAAGACGAGAAAUCGUCUCAAUCUACUUUGCAGAGGGUUCUCAGUCCAUCGGGAGAAUCCAAAAGUGAAGGAGUUUCACCUGAUGGGAGCCGGAAUGGAAGUCGAAGGCCUAGUAUCUUGGGUUCUACUGUAGAUGGCUUCGAUUUGUUUAAGAACAACGAGAGAAGGCCUCUAAGGGAGGGCGAACUCGAAGCUGAGAAACUGAAGGGCGCCAUGAUGGCCACGUUUGGAACUGCGAAAUACCUUAACGGAUGUGAACGUUGUGGCGGACAAUACUUCCCGACAUUUAGAUGCAACAUAUUAUUCCGUCUUGGAGAAAUUAGGGAUCUUCACAAGACAAUCGGAUCCCUCAAAGAGUUGGCAGCCAUGACUAGACAGUUGAAUGAGGAUUUUAGUACAGAGGGAGAAGAGCUUGUUCAAGAAAGUCGAGCACAACUAGAAGGAUUCGAAGAAUUCGAAGCACAGGAACAAAAGAUCAAAGCAUUGGAGAAACGUGUGAAGGAAGGACGAAAUACAGUCACCACAUUGAGUGGACGGGUAGACGUUAUUAGAAAGCGCGUCAAAGGCUGGGAACAAGCAGAGGAGGAAUGGCAAGACAAAACACGAAAACGACUCAAGAUGAUGUGGAUUUUGAUGUCGAUAUGCGCAACCAUUUUACUAUCCAUUGUCAUUUUGGCAUAUAUUCCCUCAAAAGGGCAAGGUCAUGGGGCUGUAAGAUUCAACAUCUCUAAUCCGACCGCGCUGAGAGAGUUGGAAAAGGCCCAAAAUGAGACCAGAAAUAUGCUGAAGCCUACUCUCGAUAUAUUGGAGAGUUCAACACCUGGAAGUGAAGUCAACAAGGAAGCAGAGAAGUUGGCAGAGGACCCAAGACUUAAAGUACUCGACGAGUUAUAA